AUGUUGCUCAGGCAGAGCCCGGCACAGAGCAGGCAGCCGUGUGGACCAGCACUCAGACCCAGGAUCAGCCCAGCCUUCCCAGAGCUGGAGACCCUCUCCCCGCAGCGACCCUCGCCUCCACCGCGGGCCCCCUUCAGUGACAUGUACCCUGAAGAGAGCCGGGGGUCUGGAGCCACUGUGGACUUCCUUGAAGGGACCUACGACUAUGCGGCCCCCACCCCUGCCCCGACCCCUCUCUACAGCCACUCCACGGUGGGCUUCUACUCUCCUCCUCUGGACGCCCACGGACAGCCCUCGGAUGGCAGCCUUCAGUCCCUGGGGAGUGGGCCAGCUAGUCCUCUAGUGUUCGUGCCCUGCAGCCCCCGACUCAGCCCCUUUAUGCACCCCCCCAACCAUCACUAUUUGGAAACCACCUCAACUGUGUACAGGUCCAGUCUGCAGUCAGUUUCCAGAGAGGACCUGUGCGGCACCAGCGACGAGUCGUUCAGCGUGGGGGAGUCGGGGGCCGGGGCCGGGGCCGGGGCCGGGGGGUUUGAGAUGGUCAAAGAAACGCGGUUCUGUGCCGUGUGCAGCGACUAUGCUUCUGGGUAUCACUACGGGGUGUGGUCCUGUGAGGGCUGCAAGGCCUUCUUCAAGAGGAGCAUCCAGGGUCACAAUGACUAUAUGUGCCCAGCAACCAAUCAGUGUACUAUCGACAGGAAUCGGAGGAAGAGCUGCCAGGCUUGCCGUCUUAGGAAGUGCUACGAAGUGGGCAUGAUGAAGGGAGGUGUUCGUAAGGACCGCGGUCGUGUUUUGCGGCGUGACAAAGGGCGGACGGACACCACUGGUAAAGACAAGGCCUCUAAGGACCUGGAGCAGAGGACAGUGCCCCCUGUUGACAGGAGGAGGCGCAGCAGUGCUUGUGGUGGAGGAGUACGAUCAACACUGAAUGGCAUGCCUCCUGACCAGGUGCUCCUCCUGCUCCAGGGUGCCGAGCCCCCAACACUGUGCUCCCGUCAGAAGCUGAGCAGACCCUACUCCGAGGUCACCGUGAUGACGCUGCUCACCAGCAUGGCCGAUAAGGAGCUGGUCCACAUGAUUGCCUGGGCCAAGAAGCUUCCAGGCUUCCUGCAGCUGGGGCUCCAUGACCAGGUGCAUCUGCUGGAGAGCUCCUGGCUGGAGAUUCUGAUGAUCGGGCUCGUCUGGAGGUCCAUCCACUGCCCCGGGAAGCUCAUCUUUGCUCAGGACCUCAUACUGGACAGGAACGAAGGAAACUGUGUUGAAGGCAUGGCGGAGAUCUUCGACAUGCUGCUGGCGACGGCUUCACGCUUCCGCUUGCUCAAACUCAAACCCGAGGAGUUUGUCUGUCUCAAAGCCAUCAUCUUGCUCAACUCUGGGGCCUUCUCUUUCUGCACCGGCUCCAUGGAGGCCCUCCACGACAUGGCGGCGGUGCAGAUCAUGCUCGACACCAUCACAGAUGCUCUCAUACAUCACAUCAGCCAAUCAGGAGGCUCGGUGCAACAGCAGUCCAGGCGACAGGCCCAGCUGCUCCUCCUGCUCUCACACAUCAGGCACAUGAGCAACAAAGGGAUGGAGCACCUCUACAGCAUGAGGUGCAAGAACAAGGUGCCGCUGUAUGACCUGCUGCUGGAGAUGCUGGACGCUCACCGCCUGGACCGCCCAGGCCAGCCCUGGACCCAGGCUGACGGAGAGUCCCCCCCCAGCGGCAGUGGAGGAGGACCACGAAUCUGCAAUGAGAGCGCCAGCAGAGCCCCGACAGUCCUGCAGUACGGGGGCUCCCGCUCGGACUGCACCCCCAUCCUAUGAGAGAGAGAGAGGGGGCGAG